AGUUACAAAAUUGUCUUCUAAAAAUCAAAAAGUUAAAAUUUAUAGAAUAUUUGUUAGUAAAUUACAAACAAAAUUUUUGUAAAAUAUCAUGAAUAGUGCUUGUUAUUACAUUACACUAUUAGUGCUAGCUGCAAGCACUUUAACGGCGUCACUAAAUAAUAUCAACACAAAUGCGAACUUGGAAGACAAUACUUCACGCAUCGUUGGAGGUAAGGACGCUCACAUCGCUGUUUAUAAUUAUCAAGUAAGUCUUCGUUACAAGAGUCUCUUUGAACCAGAACAAUCUUACGAGCACAUAUGUAGUGGUGCCAUAUAUUCGGAUAUAAUUGUAAUAACAGCAGCACAUUGUGUUAUUGGUACAGUGCCAAGUCAAUUCAAGGUAGUUGCUGGUAGUAAUUAUCGUAGCGACAAUAGCGGUACUAUUGUGCCAGUGAAAGAAAUCAUUAUGAAUGAGAAUUAUAAACCUAAUACAGCUGAAAACGAUAUUGCUAUAUUAGUUCUUGGUUUACCUUUAAGGCCGAAUAACUUUACAAUUGGAACUAUUGAUUUGGUGAAGAGCAGUCCGAUUACAGGUGCAACUGCAACAAUAACUGGUUGGAGAAGAACUAAAUCGUCAUUGACAGAAGUUUUACAGGUUACGCGUGUACCUAUUGUUAGUCACGAUCAAUGUAAAGAGGAUCAUAAGGGACAAAUAACUGAUUCUAUGUUUUGUAUAAAUGCAGCCGGCAACAAUGAUUGUGAAGGGGAUUCUGGUGGUCCCGUUGUUGUAAAUGAUAAGCUAGCUGGUAUUCUUUCUAGACAAUUAGAUUGUACUCAACCAAACUUGCCAGGUAUUAGUGCCGAUGUAGCACAUUUACGUAAUUGGUUACUAGAAAAAAUUGCUGCAUAUCAGUAAUUGUGUUGCAAUCAGAAAGUAAUAAAUGUAUAAUCUAUAUU